AUGACUACCCAGCCUCCUCACGGCGACAUGGGCGCCAUACGCUCAACGGCUACUGCCCUGGUGCACGGCCGAAACCGCCCCAGCUCCCCCGUGAUAAGAGAAAAGAAAAAGAAAGAAAGAAAAAAAAAGAAAGAAAUUUCCCGAAGGCGUGUGGCUGUCCAGCCUCCUCACGGUGACAUGGAUGCCAACGCUCAACGGCUACCGCCCUGGUUCACGGUGUCGGCACCGUCCCAGCCCCCCGUAGUAAGCCGCCUCUCGCCAAACGGACGCCUCCACUACUCCGCGAGAUCAACCGCCCGCCUCGCCGGUCACGACAGAGCCGCUAUGUCGCCCCAGCACCCCGUCCUCUCCGAAGACGUGCGACUGUCCAGCCUCCUCACGGUGACAUGGAUGCCCACGCUCAACGGCUACUGCCCUGGUUCACGGUGUCGGUACCGUCCCAGCCCCCCGUGGUAA